CUGUGGUGGCUGCAUUUCAGUUGUUUGAGUAAUGCCAUUGUGUUGGGGAAUAGCCUAUUUCUCCGUCGAGAAUGUACCGCAGCCUACAAUAGUACAAUAGAGUAGGUUCAUCGGCUUUGGUAAGGCAUAUGGGAUUCCCUCGAAGUAAUUUAUGCGUUCCGUGCCUGGCAACAGUUUCUCUUCCACAUUAACACAUUUCUCCCUAGAGUGGAUUUUGGUCAAGGCGCGGUCACCAGCAAUGGUUUCGUAAACUUUACUCAUGAAACGCCGAAUAAACCGGAGACCAUGCACAAUCUCUUGCACGUUUGCGACAGCAAAAUGUAGGCUAGUCUGCUACUCAGUGAUCUCAAAGGGACUCCAUUAGUUUUGCGCGAAUGCAGGCUCUCCAAGCCAAAUUUGUCCUUUGGUGAAUUAGCCUUGCUCAAUAACUGCGUUAUUACUGAAGUAAGGUGGGAAGACCCGAAGGACAUGCAGUGAAAGAGGUACCCAGGAGACGGGCGUUCAGUGACCGGGGGCAACGAGGGGAACACGAUGACAUCAGUCGCGGCCAAGGGUCAGGAAACAUCGCCACUGCUGAUGGGGAAAUCUCCGGCCAAUGGGGGCGGAGAACAGGUGCACUCAGAUGGAGAAUCCGUGGAGGAGGAAGUGGAAUUUAACUGGGAGGAGUAUCUGGAGGAAAUGGGGGCCAAUGCUGCUCCACACACGUCCUUUAAACAUGUGGAGAUCAGCCUACAGAGCAGCUUCCAGCCUGGGAUGAAGCUUGAAGUGGCCAAUAAGAGCAGCCCGGACACCUACUGGGUGGCCACCAUCAUCACCACCUGUGGCCAGCUCCUGCUGCUUCGCUUCAGCGGCUAUGGCGAAGACCGAAAGGCGGACUUCUGGUGUGACAUCAUGACCGCUGACCUGCAUCCCGUGGGCUGGUGCGCCCAAAACAACAAGGUCCUCAUGCCACCCGAAGAUAACGUUUACCUAAGAAAAGCCAUCAAGGAGAAGUACAGCGACUGGACUGAGUUUCUGAUCCAGGAGCUGACGGGUUCUCGGACUGCCCCAACCAACCUGCUGGAAGGGCCCCUGAGAGGGAAGAACACGGUGGACCUCAUCACCGAGGGCUCCGUGAUGGAGCUCCAGGACCUCCGCGACCCCUUCCUCUACUGGCCGGUGCGGGUGGCCCAAAACGUGGGCGGCCGACUGCGCCUGCGCCACGUUGGGAUGGACGGCGACGCCCACGACACCUGGCUGUUCUACCUGGACCUCCGGCUCCGCCCCCUGGGCUGGGCCCAGGAAAACAGCCUCCGCAUGGACCCGCCCACCGAGCUGCAGAGUUUGAAGAGCGCCCCCGAGUGGCGGGAGGCCCUGGACAGGGCCAGGGCAGAGGCGGAGAAGCACCCCCUCCCCUUGGAGAUUUUCAAGGAUCACGCAGACCUGCGCGAACACGCCUUCCGGACGGGGAUGAAGCUGGAGAUGGUGUCACCCCAGGAACCGUUCCACAUCUGCCCCGUGUCCGUGACCCAGGUCUACAAUGAGAACUACUUCCAGGUGACCGUGGAUGACCUCACCCCUGAGGCCGUGCCCUACUCUGUGGUGUGCCACGCUGAGUCCCCUGGCAUCCUGCCCACCCAGUGGUGCCUUAAAAAUGGGGUGAGCCUUGAGCGCCCCAAAGGUUACCAGAGCCAGGACUUUGAUUGGGCAGAUUAUCUGAAGCAGAGUGGCACAGAGGCCGCCCCUGAUGCCUGUUUCCCAAACACAUCCAGCAGUCGGGGCUUCAGCGAGGGUGUGUGGCUGGAGGUGGUGAACCCCAUGAAGCCCUCGGAGAUCUGUGUGGCCGCGGUCAGACGAGUGAGGGGAAGGCUGAUGUGGCUAACCCUGGAAGGUUUGGCAAAGCAGCUCCCUGAGAUUGUGGUGGAUGUGGAGUCUAUGGAGAUCUUCCCAGUGGGGUGGUGCGAGGCGAACGGAUACCAGCUGACUCCGCCCCACCGGCCUGUGUGCCAGAAACAGAAGAAGAUCGCAGUGGUGCAGCCAGAGAAACAGUUGGUUCUCCCACAACCCAUAGAGAAUAUACCUCAAAACCUCUGUACAACCGUUGGGUUGGAGCAAGGCUCUCAGAACGGGAAGUACUGCUGCUCGCAGAUUUUUGUGAACCACCGCUGUUUCUCCGGGCCUUACCUGAACAAGGGCAGGAUCGCCGAGCUACCUCAGGCCGUGGGGCCCGGCAAGUGCACGCUGGUCCUUAAAGAGGUCCUCAGCAUGCUCAUCAACGCGGCCUACAAGCCCGGCCGGGUCCUGAGGGAGCUUCAGCUGGUGGAGGACCCCACGUGGAACUUCCAAGAGGAAACUCUGAAAGCCAAGUACAAAGGGAAGACGUACCGCUCCACCAUCAAGAUCGUGCGGACGUCGGACCAGGUGGGGGACUUCUGCCGGAAGGUCUGCCUGAAGCUGCAGUGCUGUCCCAACCUCUUCAGCCCCACGCUGGUCACCGACAAGUGCCCCGAAAACUGCUCGGUGCAAACGAAGACCAAAUACACGUACUACUACGGGAAGAAGAAGAAGGUGACGAGGCCGUCCGCGGGGGAGCAGUCCCCGGACAGCGGGAUCUCCAAGCCCGCCCGUCGCAGGAAGAAGCGGAAAUCCAUCUUCGUCCAGAAGAAGCGACGGUCGUCCGCCGUGGACUACACCCCCGCGGGGUCACCUCAGGACAGCGACGAGGAUGACGACGGCGAAGAUCAGUCGGGAAGCGAGGAGGGGACCAGCUCCGAGCUGCGGGAGGACCAGACCGACACCUCGUCCGUGGAGGUGGCCGUGAGCAGCCGCCCCCGCCGCGCCGUCACCCUCCGACGGAACACCGACGCCGGCCCCGCCCCCGGCUCGGACCGCGCCCGUCGCAAGAGGACCACCCGCUCGCUGUCCUACACGGAGAGCAGCAAGUACCACCCCGCCAAGCGGCAGGCCAAGGUGGAGAGCUGUGAGGAAGAGGGCAAGCUUGUUCUGGACAGCAACCCCUUGCAGUGGACGGUGGCCGACGUGGUCCGGUUCAUCAGGUCCACCGACUGCGCCCCACUGGCCAAAAUAUUCCAGGAGCAAGACAUUGACGGACAGGCCCUACUGCUCCUCACGCUGCCCACGGUGCAGGAGUGCAUGGACCUGAAGCUGGGACCCGCCAUCAAGCUGUGCCACCAGAUCGAGAGGGUCAAAGUGGCCUUUUACGCGCAGUACGCCAACUGACGCCGUCCACGCCUCGAAGGGAGAACCCGGCCGCAUCUUCACCCGUCGGCUGGGCAGGUCGCCGGGGCUUCUGUUCUCCGGCUCCCUUCCUGGGGGAUUUCAAACAUCGCUGAAGGAGUUGCACGACGACGCUGGCUUCUGGAGUUCCUGGGUCUGGGUUUCACUGUCUGGAGCUGGCGUGGGUCCACCUAGUUUGGCUGGAACGCAGAAGGAAACUGACGCUUUGAUUACAAAAUUUUAUUCCUUAGCUUAGUGGGUGAGCGAGCCCAGGGUCGCUGCUGGGCAUUUCCGUCAAUGCAGCCGGAGUCACUUUCCACCGCCGGAUGUGCUCACUGAGAAUACACAACGGGAGGAAGUGAUGUCAGACACUGCAGAGGAUGUUCCUGUUUGGAGUCACAUGACUGGAUAUGCAUAUUUUUUCUUUCUUUUUAUGGGAUGAAUUGUUUGUCACAGUGCGGCUUUUUGGAGGGAAGGCCAAAUGCCCCAGUGUGUGGCGGGAACUCCAAGAACCCAAAGGUCUUCUGAAGCUGGCUGCUACAGGGAAGCUAAACACGUUACCAGUUUAAUCAAUACAGAUAGGAAAUCUGUAAAAGGAGAAGCAUGAUGAUCUCACUUCAGUGUCCAUGUUUUUUUUUGUUGUUUUUUUUUUAACCCAAGAACAUGGCAGCAGAGUCGAGAAACCCUUUUGCCGCCACUUUGUUUGUUUGGCUGAAACCUUUUAUACGGAAAAAUGGAUACUGUGCGAUAAGCAAAGACCCGUUUCUUCAUAAGUCUGUUCUCCUUGGUGGCCUACAAUUCCGUUGCAUCUACCAUAUUCUCUUCACCGCAUUGCAAGGAAACUACCUGCGACAAAGCCAUGAUUAUUUUGAGAGAGAGAGAGAGCAACCUUCAGAAAAUAGGUUGUAGAAAGCGCAUGGCUUAGUGAUGUAUCUACUGUGUACCGUGGCCUUUGAGUUUGAGCAUUGCUUUGUUUUUCUAUUGGAUGUUUUUUAAUGGGUUAUGUUAUGAGUUCCAUUAACUGCCAUAAGUGAAAUUUGGUACACAGAAGGACCUAUUAGUUGAAGUACUUUGUGAUAGUUAAGAAUUUAGUAUUACAGUAAUACUGUACUCAGUGUAAUGAAUACAGUAAUACUGUUUUGUGUGUAAUGAAUACAAAAAAGGCUGAUAAAUCCAGCUUCUGAGGCAGUCCUGCUUGUGUUUGAAACAGAACCAGCAAACUGGGUGUGAUGCGUUUACCAUUCGUCCUGUGAUUGGGGUCUAGUGAAAUUAUGAGACAAUAUUGCACCUUAAAAAUAUGUUAAAUGAGUACAAAGCCUGACACAAACAGGGCUGAAGUUGACAUGCACAAUCAAUAUUUCUUUAAAAAAUUAUAUUUUGUCAAGCUCUAGAAAAUUAGUGAAAUCCUGGACGUGGGUAUGAAGAUAGCUUGAUGUCCACCCACUGAGUUCAAUGCUAUAUUUAUUUGAGCUAUUUAAACAAACAAAAAAAAGGUAUUUAAACACAUUAAUAAAAUAAUUUAUUUUUCAAUCUAAUUUAAUGUGAGCAGUAAUUUAAUGUUUAAUACCAUUUUUAGUUUAGAAGAAAAAGUUAGUCAUAUUUUGAUCUGCAAACAAAGAUGGAAGAAUGAUUUUAAAUUUUUUGUGGAUACAUGCCAGUUCAUUUUAGCCACUCUUUGGGCCUGUGUCUGCUUGUUCAGUUUUUCUUCACCUUUGCUGUGAAAACAAUCAAUUUUGAAAAGUACUUUAUUCAUCUAUGCAAAAUAUGCUGUAAACAAGUUUCAUAAAGCUUUGAUUAAAACAAACAAAAAAAAACACAUUUACAUAGGCUACAUUUUGUACUGAGGAUUUCUUACAGUGUUUCUGAGCACGCAAAAUGAAGACUUCACAUUCCAUUCUUUUGUACUUGUUCUUCUUACAGUACCUUCGCUUUAUAUUGUGAAUACUAUAAAAAAAACUGUCUUUAAGCCUCUGUGAUCUGUAUUGUUCCAAAGUUUGGAAGAGAAAGCUAUUUUAAAAAAUCAAUUUGUGCCCUUCCGAAGGAAGUUCCUAACAAGCAGAACUUCUCGGAAGAACAGAUAUUUAUUGGCAACUUUAUUGCUGACUCAAGCCAGGGGAUACUGUGUAGGCAACACAAGCCAUUUAACGGUCUGUACUCUCCAAAAAUGCCUCACUUUCUAACACAAGGUUUUGUAGGAAGCAAACUGUGAAAUCGCCCUUGGUUUUGGGUUACUGGGAUGGAGUUGUUAAAAAAUUGAAUAGCGUAUCAAGUGACCAUUUAUUUGGAUUGAGUGUCCCUUUAAAAGCUGGAUGAAUCCCAUAGGUUUUUACCAGAGGGAAUGGGAAUGCAGUGAACAGCUUAUUUUAAUUAGCAGUGACGAUGUUCCAACAAUUACAAACAAAAUUACUGCAUACUGUGAUACAUUAUUUUUUUCAUAGUCUGACCAAUAAGAAAUGGGUGCGCAUGCCUUACGUUACCUUGGUUGCCAAAGUCAUUGUUGUCCAUUGCUUUUAAACUGAACAAUGGACAGACAUAAUUCCCCUUUUGUGUAUGGUAGGCUGAACUCCAUUGUAAAAAAAAAAAUAAAAAAAAAAGAUCUAAUUGAACGUGAUAUGCAAAGGCCAUGACUAUAACCUGGUGUGUAUUGUGGAGUCAAAACGGUGUAGUGCACUUAGCCUAGCCUAGCCUAACGUAGCCUAGCUCACAGAGCUGGAGAGGACAGAGCUCUGUGUGAUGGGCUUCCAAUGCAUCACGCUCCAUAGUAGCACAGGAGGGCACAGCAACAUGAUAAUGGUUUACUUUUGAUUUCAUCUGGUGUUAUUUUAAACGAAUAAAAGUCUACAAACAAUAUCAGAGGGUGUAUCUGUGUGGGCCAAAUAAUAAUAACAAGCAUUAGAAUUCCUGUUUGUUUUUUUCGUCAUUGUGCCCGUACCCAGACACAGCCAGUGGUAAUGCUGCAGUGAUGUCAUUUUUUUUUCUAUCACUUAGUGAUGUGUAAAUGUGAAAGUUUUGGGCAACGUUGGUUUUAACUGAAAAUGUCACGACAGCCUCUCGAAAAAUGCAAUCACAACACCCUGUUUUCUUUCUAAAUGAACUUUCCAAUUAACUUCAAUAUACGCACCCCGUAGUCUUCAAGGAUUGAAACAAAUUAGCUGGUCAGAACCUCAGGGUUCGCUGCAAGCCUGCAGACAUCAGAGGAACACAGGUGCAAGCCGUUAAAUUAACUAACCGUGGAAAAAGAAUAGAGUCCGUUUCUGUGACUGAAAAUCAAGUCCUGUUCCAGAUCCUUAAAGCUGGUAUAAUUGUAGCUUUUGUUUUUCUUUUGUGCUGUUCAUCUUGUGGUGCAUUUGAUGGUAAAAUGCGACAUCGGGAUCUCCCACUGUGCGCUGGGUAUCCCAGAAUGCCCUUCUUUUGUUUGCGUGUAUAUAUUCACAUGUACAUAUGGAGAACAUGUAUUGAGAUUUCUAUUUUAAAUUUGGCUGAAUUUGAAGAUGCACAUUUGUACAUGUCAUUUUAAAUAGCACAUUAAGUAAAUGAAGAAAGAUUAAUCAUAUUUAAUUCAUACAUACAGUAACUUUCCAGGCCACUGUAAGUGUUGGGUCUGAAUGGGUAAAUUGAGAACAAAGAUGACGAAAUGUUAAGAAAGCAAGUCAUUGUACCUUAUUAAAAUGACCGGAAAACCCA